AUGUCGCUAACGAAUUAUUAUUCCAUGAUGGGGCUUCAGAGCGAGGAGCCGUACGGGGCGCACUUCAUCCCGGGGAGCUUGCAGGGUUCGACGGCCGGCUGCGGGAAGUCGUCCCGGGGAGCGGAGGAGGAGGACGGGACCCCCGGAGCACACAUUCCGGAUUUCUCCCACUUCUCCAGCAAGCCGACGAGUUUAAAUGGCUUCUCCCCCUGGACGAGCACCUCCACGUCCUCCUCGUCCCCGUCGCCGCUGCAGUCCGCGCCCGGCGCCUCCAUCCCGGGGCUGUUCCACCCGCACCCCCUGCUGAGCCAUCACCACCACCACGGGUACUACGGGCCGGCGACGCAGGGCCACGCCGAGCAGCUCGCCUCCUCCGCGGGCUCGGAGAGCCGGUUCGUCCGCUGUUGGGAGGAGGCGACUCCCAGCAGCUCGGACCCGGCGCUGUCCCAGUCUCCGGCCGCGUUCCCCGGGUGCCUGCCCCCCCAGGGUGACCUCUCCAACCCGGGCUCCAGGUACGAGGCGGUCAAACCCGAGAGCUCUCCGCCGGCCCCGGUGCUCGACAGCCCCGGGGACUCGAGCUUCUCCAGCCCGGCCGAGGUGGUGCUGGAGCGGCUCGGCACCGUGGAGGAGCUCGGGAGGAAACCCGAGCCCAAGAAGGAGCAGGAGGAGCGGAAGAGCCAGCCGCUGCUUGACCCGGCAGACCCCUCAGCCAGCUGGAUCCACGCCAAGUCGACCAGGAAGAAGCGCUGUCCCUACACCAAGCACCAGACCCUGGAGCUUGAGAAGGAGUUCCUCUACAACAUGUACCUGACCCGGGACCGGCGCCUGGAGGUGGCGGGACUCUUGAACCUCACAGAGCGCCAGGUCAAGAUCUGGUUCCAGAACAGGCGGAUGAAGAUGAAGAAGCUGAUGAUCCGGGAGAGGAGGAGCAUCAAUGAAUGA